UAUGUGUGUGUGUGCAUGCGUGUUUACAUAUGCGGAUAUGUCAGCGAGCUAUGAGUGCGUGCGUAAGAAACCACGUGUGGAGCGGAUUUGUCAUUAACUGUCAGUCGUGUCACGGUUCAGUUUUAGACUUGCGGGUGUUCCUAGAGUACCCGGCUUUACAGGGGGGAGAAGAAAAAAAUACUAGUAGUGACCGUCAUCUUAGCCAUUCACUCAGUCACCAUAAGAGUUCUUAUACUCUUGUUGGUGGAUAUUAUCCCGUACCCUGUAAUGUCAGCAGAUAAAACUGAAAUCUCAGAGGCUGAUGUGAUUGCUUCAAACCAUUAUUCUGUGCAUCUUGACUGGUCUUCCUCUCUGCUUCAGUUCAAAUACCACAUUCUAUGUGAUUCAGAGAGAAUCUACACCAUCUUGCAACAAACUGAGGGUACCUUAGAAGAAGAGAACGAGUGGAAAAAUGUAUAUACGGGAUAUGGUGAAAAUACGAUCGUGGAGGACCUUAAACCAUAUCAGGAGUAUCUAUUUAGAAUUCGGUUCCAUCGAAGUAACAAUAAUUACACUAACUGGUCACCUCCAAUGAAAGUUAUCACAGAAAAAGAACCAUACUAUGGAGAGAAUUUACACAAAGCUAUUCGGAACCGGAGAUUUUCUGAAGCUGAGAAUGUGCUGAAGUCAGGAUCUGUCAAAAUCGAUGUGCCAGACAAUCAAGGUCUAAGUGCAUUAAUGAAUACAGCAAAACGGGGCCAAAUUGAUAUUAUGGAAAUGCUAUUGUCCUUUAAUGCUUCGGUUAAUGGAAAAGAUGAGUCAGGAAAAACAGCUUUAAUGCAUGCCUGCAUACAUGGUCAAUUACCAGUUGUGAAGAUGCUGCUCAAUAAUGGUGCGCUCUAUAAUGAUUUUGAUUUGGGUGGUUCUAGUCCAUUGCAUUAUGCUGUUGACAGCUGCAAGUGUGAGCUCAUUGAAUGGAUGAUCAAGGAUGGAGCAGAUGUGAACAUUCAAGACAGAAAUGCUGGUUGGACUCCAUUGAUACGGUGUGCUUCCCUUUCUGGUAAAAAAUUAGUUGCUCUUACAUUGAUCCAUAAUGGAGCCAAUACUGAUCUCAAGGACAAUAAUGGGAAGACCUGUUUAAUGGUUGCUGUUAUCAAUGGCCAUCAACAAUUAGUGGAAGUCCUUCUGGAGAACAAUGCUGAUAUCACAAUAUUAAAUAUGAGUGGUCGUACAGCAUAUGAAAUGGCUGUUUCUCUUGAAAAAAGGAAAAUAAUAGAUACCAUGGAGAAAUUUAUGAAAAAACAUGGAAUAAAAUAUUUCUAAGGAGUGAAGCAGUAGUGUUAAAAUGGCAUUAAUUGAGAAUUGUAAUGGUAAUAAACUCAACAAGCUGGACAUGCAUUCAAAGAGACUUUUCUUUUCAUUCACGAUCUCUGUAUGUCUUCAUAUAAUGGAUUGAAUCAACUCUUGCCCAUUUGCCUGCAGUCACAGAAUCUAUUUGACAUGGAUUAAAUUGUUAGAUCUGUCCAAACAAUGUGUGUCACUGAAUCUUCCAGUUUUAAUGGCAUCAAGUUUUGUAUAUUUUUGUUUUCUCAACUUCAGCCAGCAGAAGCAGACAAUAUUUGUGUAACAACUUAUGUAUUUUUAUCAUCUGAAAAUUCUAGCCUAUUCCAAAAGAACUGUUAUGAUAAAGUUAUUUUCCUCACCAAUAAACUGUCAUAUACAAAA